AGCGCCCACUUUGGCACUCUGUUAGAGAACUAGCACCUCCGAGGCAGUGACUCACACGAGGCCUGCUCUAAGGCCUCAGACAAAGGCAUAGAGCUGGUGCUGCGGGCUGCGGCCGCUUUCUGCUCCAGGUCCCCCAGGCCAUGGAUGCACCCCGAGCAACCAAGGCACAGUGUCCCUGGCGUCCAUGCCUCACCGGCCUGCUGCUGCAGCUGCUGUUGGCCCUCUGCUUCUUCUCCUACAUCCGAGUGUCCUACGACCAACCCGGCCCCCCAGCUCCUGGUAGCUCCCCAGGACCAGCCUCCAGCCCAGCUACCCCUGUCUCCAGGCCCCUCCUCAUCUUACUGUGGACAUGGCCCUUCCACAAUCAAGUGGCUCUGCCCCCCUGCUCCAAGAUGCUCCCGGGCACGGCUGACUGCCGGCUGACCGCCAACCGGAACCUGUACCCCCAGGCAGAUGCCGUCAUCAUCCACCACCGCGAAGUCAGCGCCAAUCCCAGGUCACUGCUGCCACCUCAGCCGAGGCCCCCAGGCCAGCGCUGGGUGUGGUUCAGCAUGGAGUCGCCCAGCCACUGUAGCCGGCUGUCAGAGCUGGACGGUCACUUCAACCUCACCAUGUCCUAUCGCGCUGACUCUGACAUCUUCACGCCCUAUGGCUGGCUGGAGCCGUGGCCAGAGCCUCCGGUCCAAACCCAGGUCAACCUGUCUGCCAAGACUGACCUGGUGGCCUGGGCUGUGUCCAACUGGAAGUCCAAGUCGGCUCGGGUGCUGUACUACCAGAAACUUCAGAGUCACCUCCAUGUGGACGUGUAUGGCCGAGGUCACAUGCCGCUUCCCCAAGGGGACAUGAUGCAGACACUGGCCAGGUACAAGUUUUACCUGGCAUUCGAAAACUCCCUCCAUCCAGACUACAUCACAGAGAAGCUGUGGAAGAAUGCUCUGGAAGCCUGGGCUGUGCCUGUGGUCCUGGGGCCCAGCAGGAAGAACUAUGAACGCUUCCUGCCCCCUGACGCCUUCAUCCACGUGGAUGAUUUCCAGAGCCCAAAGGACCUGGCUCAGUACCUGCAGGAGCUAGACAGGGAUAGCCUGAGCUAUCAGCGUUACUUCCGCUGGAGGAAGACGCUCAGGCCUCGCUUGUGGAGCAUGUCCCUUGCCUUCUGCAAGGCAUGCAGGCAGCUGCAGUGGGACCAGAGGUACCAGACGGUCUCCAGUGUGGCCUCUUGGUUCCACUGAGGUGGCUGGCCAGAGUCUUGCAGGUAGUAUCCCACCCAAAAUCAUCAUCUGUAGCCCCUGGGUGACAGAUGCCCGCAUUACCUGGGACCCCUUGACGGGCAUCUCAGCUGCCCAGAGUCUUGGUUCCAUUGUCUUCACCUAGAGCUUUGCCCACUGGGGCUGUGGGUAGCCAGAAGCCUGAGCCAUAUCAAGAUAACCUGAUCCCAACACAGUUCUUCAGGCCACUGACUCCCACCCUGCCCCCUGCCCCCUGCCCCCUCCCUCUGGUGGGUGGUGGGUCUGCCUGAGUUCCUUGUGGUGCAUAGGACAGCUAACGCCUGUGGUGGUUGUAGGGCAUGGUACUAUCACAGACAUCCAGAUGAGA